ACCUCGCCUCAUUCCCUCAUUACUAGCUUUCCCAAGCUAGGAAUGAUACUAGCAAAGCUAAGUACAUCUAAUAAUAUUCGAGUAGGAGCUGAGUUAUCACGUGAGCCAGGCAUUACUAUAUAUUUCUGGAAGAGUCUUUGGCAGUACAAUGGCGGGCAUGUGGCUGAGGGGUAUUUAAGGCAGGAGGUGGGGUGCCCCCUCACUCAAACCGGUUGCCACGGCUACAACAGCACCUGCUGCUGCUACUCUCCGCAUCUCCUGAGUGUCAUUAAUUACUGAAAUACACACACACACAAGAUGCCUGAAGAAACAAUGGAAGAAGUGGAAACCUUUGCUUUCCAGGCGGAGAUCGCCCAGUUGAUGUCCCUUAUCAUCAACACUUUCUACAGUAACAAAGAAAUCUUCCUUCGAGAACUCAUCUCCAACUCUUCUGAUGCUCUGGACAAGAUUCGCUAUGAAUCGCUUACAGACCCCUCUAAAUUGGACACCGGCAAGGACCUCACUAUCAGGAUCGAGCUGGACAAGAACGAGCGUACACUCACCAUCAUCGACACGGGGGUGGGCAUGACCAAGGCUGACCUGGUCAACAACUUGGGUACCAUCGCAAAGUCAGGCACCAAGGCUUUCAUGGAGGCACUGCAGGCAGGCGCAGACAUUUCUAUGAUUGGUCAAUUUGGUGUUGGCUUCUACUCUGCCUAUCUGGUGGCUGACAAGGUCGUAGUCACUUCUAAACACAACGACGAUGAGCAGUACACCUGGGAGUCUGCUGCUGGUGGUUCCUUUACCAUACGUCCUGACAAAAGUUUUCCUCUGGCUCGAGGGACGAAGAUCACACUCUACCUGAAGGAGGAUCAGGCUGAGUACGUAGAGGAGCGACGCAUCAAGGAGGUGGUCAAAAAGCAUUCUCAGUUUAUUGGUUACCCCAUCAAGCUGCUGGUGGAGAAGGAACGGGAGAAGCAAAUCCCUGAUGAUGAUGAAGAGGAGAAGGAUGAAGAGGUGCCCAAGACAGAUGACAUGCCAAAGGUGGAGGACGUGGGUGCAGAUGACGAGGCCGAUAAAAGCACCGUAAAAGCCAAAAAAAUGAAGACAGUGAAGGAGAAGUACAUGGAGGAUGAGGAACUCAAUAAGACCAAGCCACUGUGGACUCGCAACCCAGAUGACAUAUCACAGGAGGAAUACGGAGAGUUUUACAGAUCACUUACCAACGACUGGGAAGAUCACUUAGCAAUUAAACACUUCAGUGUUGAAGGCCAGCUGGAGUUCCGUGCGCUUCUCUUUGUUCCCCGCCGGGCACCUUUUGAUCUUUUUGAGAACCGAAAACAGAAAAACAAGAUCAAGUUGUACGUGCGACGUGUAUUUAUCAUGGACAAUUGUGAGGAGCUCAUCCCUGAAUACCUCAACUUCAUCACUGGAGUUGUCGACUCUGAAGAUCUUCCUCUGAACAUUUCUCGUGAGAUGCUUCAGCAGAACAAGAUCCUGAAGGUAAUCCGCAAGAACUUGGUGAAGAAGGCCAUGGAACUCUUUGAGGAGCUCAUGGAAGAUAAAGACUCAUUCAAGAAGUUCUACGAGAAUUUCUCCAAAAACAUCAAGCUAGGCAUUCACGAGGACUCCACCAACCGCAAGAAACUGGCAGAGUUUUUGCGAUUCUACACUUCAGCAUCAGGUGAUGAGAUGAGCAGCCUGAAGGACUACGUCUCCCGCAUGAAGGAGAAUCAGAAGCAGAUCUACUACAUCACUGGCGAGAGUCGCGAUGCUGUUGCUAACUCUGCCUUCGUCGAGAGGGUGAAGAAGCGAGGCUUUGAAAUAAUCUACAUGAUUGACCCCAUCGACGAGUACUGCAUCCAGCAACUGAAGGAAUACGACGGCAAGCAGCUCGUGUCCGUCACCAAGGAAGGUCUAGAGCUUCCGGACGACGAGGAGGAGAAGAAGAAAUUAGAGGAACAGAAGCAGAAAUUGGAAAAUCUAUGCAAGGUGAUAAAGGACAUCCUAGACAAACGGGUAGAAAAGGUGGUUGUGAGCAACCGUCUUGUGACUUCUCCCUGCUGCAUAGUGACUUCACAGUAUGGGUGGACAGCCAACAUGGAACGAAUCAUGAAAGCCCAGGCCUUGAGAGAUACUUCUACCAUGGGCUACAUGGCUGCCAAGAAGCACCUAGAGAUCAACCCAGACCACAGUAUUAUAGAAACCCUCAGACAGAGGGCUGAUGCAGACAAAAAUGACAAAUCUGUUAAGGAUCUAGUUAUGCUUCUUUUCGAGACGUCCCUUCUGGCUUCUGGAUUCAACCUGGAGGACCCGGGAGUGCACGCCGCCAGGAUCUACAGGAUGAUUAAUUUAGGAUUGGGUAUCGAGGACGAUGACACCCUCAACAUUCCUGAGGACACUAACCCACUCGAUGACAUGCCUCCUCUGGAGGGCGACGAGGAGGAUGCUUCACGAAUGGAGGAGGUGGACUAGUCGUGCCAUCCCAGCGCUCCACAUCAAUCAUCUUCCAUCGCUUCAUCCACUCAAUCAUUCCUCGGGAUAUUUAUGUUAUAUUUUUAUCACUCUUCGCUACUUGAAGCCAUACAUCAUUUUAUGUAUACCAGCUUCACACUCGCAUGGCGGGUGUCGAUCAUAUUGUGCAGUGAAAAAUUAUUUGUUCAGAAAAAAGUAAGUACGCGUUAAAACGUAUAUGUAUAUGUAUAAUUUAUGAUAUAGAUAAUCUGAAUUUAUUUGAUACACAAUACAUUAAUAUCAGUUGGUAAAAAUACUUAGAGCGUGCACAAUAUGUAGAUAAGUAUAUGUAUUCAUAAUGUGUUGUGUGAGAAGCAGCAACAACAGCAGCCACAGCUGUUGUUGCUAAUACUCCAUCAUCACCUCCACCGCCCUUACCAUAGCUUUUAUAAAUAAAAAUUUUAAUUGGA